AUGCUGCCCAUGAACCAAAGGACACGAGAAAUGGAACUAGCAGUGGGAAAUACAGAAAUAAUGAAAAACAUCGUCGCAAAAGGAAUACAAACAGAAAUGGGAACUCCUUACAACUCCGGUUCAGGUUAUGUGACAGAAAAACUUUACAUGUUACUUCAACUUUAUUUACAAAAUAAAGGAUGGAAUCAUGAUUUCCUUCAAUGUUUUUCUGAAUUAAAAGAUCCUUCAAUGUUGCCAAGUGCAGCUUAUUUGCAGAUGAUGGCAUCUCGUAUCACAUUAGAUUCUCAAGGUAGAUUAAUAUUAAGAGAGAAUGGAAAAAUAAUUUUGCCAUUUGAACAUUUUGCAAAUGCUGUUAUGCUCAAACAUAUGAAUGGUCCACACGGCCUUCAUUUAGGUCUUGAAGCUACCCUCCGAACUGUUAUGGAAUCAUAUACAAUGGGGCGUGAAAAUUUCGGCAUGGAAAAGGAAUUUGUGAUAGAAGUUGUAAAUAACUGUCCAAAUCCAGCUUGUCGUUAUUAUAAAACACAAUUAGAUCUCUCUCAUAAUAAGCCUACAUAUAUUCCAGAACCUACUAUGUUGAAAGCUAAUUUGGGAGAGAGCAGCGGUAGUGAUAUAGAGAGAGUAAAAGGAACUCCUAUUCCUGCCUCACAGAAUCAACACAAACUAACAGAUUUUCUCAAAUCUAGCCUCGACAAUUUAGAUAGCCUAACUAGUGCUAACAAAGACCUCUUAGCUGUCCAUAAUGGAGCAUGGUCCAGCCAUGAAGCUGCCGAAAGUAAAAGGCAUUCUGCGUCAUCCAGUAGCGAAGUUGGGCAAGAGAAAAUAGUACGGGCUUUUGGAGAAAUCAUGAAAAAUAUGAGCAGAAUGAAAACUUGUAUUAGACCAGCCAUGUGUAAACCUUAUGGAAAACAAUCAGAGUCAUUACAAAAAACUCUGAUGGAUACGAUACAGUUGGUACAGUCCUUACGAUCAAUACUACCACCUCCACAUAUUGCUGUCAGCAGCUGGAAGAAUGAAGACAAACAUAGUGUGUCAAGAGAGGCAUAUUCUCAAGAUUUCGCAACAAUGGAUAGAAUGUAA